AUGACGGUCAAGCUGGACUUCGAGGAGUGUCUCAAGGACUCGCCCCGUUUCCGCCCCCCUCACCUGCUGCCUCUCUGGGCCUCCAUCGAGGUGGUGGAAAGCGAAGUGUCUGAUCUGGAGACCCGUUUGGAGAAGCUCCUCAAGCUCGGCUCGGGGUUGGUGGACAGCGGCCGGCACUACUGCAACGCCGGCAAGGCCUUCGUGGGCGGGCUCCGGGAUCUCGGACGCCUGGGACCGCAGGAGCCCAUGCUGGCUGAAUGCCUGGAGAAAUUCACCAGCAGCCUCAGCCAGAUGAUUGACAGCCACAUGGACCUCCUGGAAAACACAACCCAGGCCCUCAAGCAGCAGAUCCAGAACCUGGUGAAGGAGGAGGUCCGGCGCUUCCGCGAGGCCCGCAGGGAGUUCGAACGGGCCAGCGAGGGUCUGGACACGGCCGUCACCCACCACGCCGAGGUGCCCCGGCGUCGCCCGCACGAGGCCGACGAGGCCGCCGCCGCCCUGCGCUCCGCCCGUCACACCUUCCGCCAGCGCGCGCUGGACUACGUGCUCCAGAUCAACGUGAUCCAGGACAAGAGGAAGUUUGACGUCUUGGAGUUUAUGCUGAAUUUACUGGAACACCAGGCUGCCCACUACCAGCAGGGCCAUGAAGGACUGGGCCAGUUGCAGGAAUAUCGAAGAGACCUGGCUUCUCAGCUGCACCAGAUGGUGCUGGAAUCCGCCCGGGAGAAGCGGGACCUGGAGCAGAGACAUGUGCUGCUGAAGCAGAAAGACAUGGGAGAGGAAGAGCCAGACACCGGACUCCGAGAGGGUCCUGCAGGCCCCAUCAUGGAAGGCCACCUCUUCAAACGGGCCAGCAACGCCUUCAAGACCUGGAGCCGGCGCUGGUUCAGCAUCCAGAGAAACCAGUUAGUGUAUCAGAAGAGGUUUAAGGACCCUUUGACGGUGGUGGUAGAAGAUCUCCGUCUGUGCACCGUGAAACCCUGCCCCGAAUCCGACAGAAGGUUUUGCUUUGAAGUUGUCUCUCCGAACAAAUCCUGCCUUCUGCAGGCGGAUUCAGAGCGUCUUCUGCAGCUGUGGGUAGUGGCCGUGCAGAACAGCAUCGCCUCCGCCUUCAACCAGCAGCCCCCGGAGUCCCAGGAGCAGGGUGCGUCGGGCCCAUCGGCCCCCCUGGCCAGUUCGGCCACGCUGGGCUGCGGGCGAGCAGGCGGGCAGAGCGGCAGCUCGGACCAGAAGGUGAUGGACCAGGUGCUGCGGCUCGACGGGAACGCCCAGUGCUGUGACUGCCGGGAGCCCGCGCCCGAGUGGGCCAGCAUCAACCUGGGCAUCACCCUCUGCAUUGAGUGCUCCGGCAUCCACAGGAGUCUGGGGGUGCAUUUCUCCAAAGUGCGGUCACUGACGCUGGAUUCCUGGGAGCCGGAGCUGGUGAAGCUGAUGUGCGAACUGGGUAACGCGGCCAUCAACCGAAUUUACGAGGCUCGGGUGGAAGAUAUGACUGUCAAAAAGCCCGGGCCCACCUGUUCCCGGCAAGAGAAAGAAGCGUGGAUCCGUGCCAAGUAUGUGGAGAAGAAAUUUCUGACCAAGCUGCCGGAGGUUGAGGGCCGCUGGAGGGCAACGGGCCGGGGCGGGGAGCGGACUUUUGGCCGUCCCCUCCGGGGUCGACCUCCCCCACCCCCAAAACCCUCCCUCCAACCCCGCCCGGGGAGCCGGGGGCUCAGGACCGGCUCCACUCAGGAGGAAUUGGGCUCCCUGCACCCCGGGGCUCUCCUGUUCCAGGCGGCCGGCGCGCCCCCAUCCCUCCCCACCAUGGCCGACGCGCUGGCCCACGGCGCCGACGUCAACUGGGUCAACGCGGCCCAGGCCAACGCCACCCCCCUGAUCCAGGCCACGGAAGCGAAUUCCCUGCUGGCCUGUGAGUUCCUUCUCCAGAACGGAGCCAAUGUCAACCAGACGGACAGCGCCGGGCGAGGCCCCCUCCACCACGCUACCAUCCGGGGCUUCACGGGAUUGGCCUGCCUGUUCCUGAAGCGGGGAGCGGGGCUGGGGAUCCAGGACGCGGACGGAAAGGACCCCCUGACCAUCGCCAUGGAGGCGGCCAACGCUGACAUCGUCACCCUCCUGCGCCUGGCCAAGAUGAGAGAAGCUGACGUGGCCCUGGGCCAGGCAGGAGACGAGACGUACCUGGACAUCUUCCGAGACUUCUCCCUCAUGGCCUCCGACGAUCCCGACAAACUGAGCCGCCGCAGCCAAGACCUCAAAACCCUGUGAACCCCUCCUCAGUUUGUUCUUUUCCCUGCCUCCCCAACUCCCCCCGCCCUCCAACAGGCCCCCCCUCAAAACACACACCCUGAAUAAAAUCUCUGGC